AUUUUACCAUGAAGCAAGCCAAACCAUAAGGACAAGCACAAUAUGAUGUAUUGAAAGGAGCAAUUAAAGGUAGUUAUCUUCUAUAUUUCUUCAUUAUAGGUUAAGUUUGUACCAGAUUUCCACCUGAGCCAUCUGGUUAUUUACAUAUUGGCCAUAUAAAAGCAUCUGUACUGAAUUAUAGAUAUUCCAAAAUGUAUGAAGGCAAAAUGUUGGUACGUUUUGAUGAUACAAAUCCAUCAAAAGAGAAGGCUGAAUAUCAAGAGGCCAUCUUAGAAGACUUGAAAACUCUUUAAAUCGAGUGGGCAAACUUGUCCCAUUCAAGUGAUUACUUUGACCUUGCAGAGGAAAAAGCAAGAUUCUUAAUUAAAAAAGGAUUGGCUUAUUGUGAUAAUACAGAUAAAGAAACUAUGAAGAAGGAAAGAUUUGAUGGCAUUGAGAGUGUCAAUAGAAAUAACUCUGUGGAAGAUAAUCUCGAGAAAUUUGAAUAAAUGUUAAGUGGAAAAACUUUUGAUUAUUGUUUGAGAGCUAAAAUUGACAUGAAAGCUUUAAAUAAAUGUUUAAGAGAUCCAGUUCUCUACAGAACAAAUUAAAUACCACAUCAUAGAACAGGUACCAAAUAUAAGGCAUACCCAACCUAUGAUUUUGUAUGCCCAAUUUUGGAUAGUAUUGAAGGCGUUACUCAUGCAAUGAGAACUAACGAAUACUCAGAUAGAAUCGAAUAAUAUUAAUGGGUUUAAUAAGCAUUGGAACUAAGACCAGUUGAGAUUUAUGAAUUUUCAAGAUUGAACUUUGUUAAUACUUGUUUGAGCAAGAGAAAACUUUAAGAAUUUGUAGAUUAAAAGGUUGUAGAAGGAUGGUAAGAUCCUCGUUUCCCAACUCUUAGAGGUAUCAUAAGACGAGGAAUCACAGUCGAGGCCUUACAUGAUUUUAUGUUGGAAUAAGGGCCAUCAAAGAAUGCUAAUCUUUAAACUUGGGAUAAGCUUUGGUCAAUCAAUUUCACUAAAAUAGACCCAAUUGCUCCAAGAUACACAGCCGUAGGAAAGGAUGGAAUUGCUAUUUUGACUAUUUCAAAUUAUGAUGAUUAAGGUGUUAAUGUAGUCACUGUGCCAUAACAUCCUAAAAAUAAUGAAUUAGGCACAAGACCAUUAUUUAGAAGCAGCCAAUUGUACUUAGAGGCUUAGGAUGCUAAAGAUAUUAAAGUAGAUGAGAAAAUCACACUAAUGAAGUGGGGAAAUGUUAAAAUAACAGACAAAAAGGAGGUUGAUGGACAAAUCUUAUUGACUGGUGAGAACUUACCAGAUGAUAAGGAUUUCAAAACAACCAAUAAAUAUACUUGGCUUGCUAAGGAUACUCCUAUUGUCAAUGUAGAUUUGGUCGAAUAUGAUCAUCUCAUUAAAGUUAAAACUAUUGAAGAACAUCACAAAUUUGAGGACUAUUACAAUACAAAUAGUAAGUAUGUUACUGAAGCUUUCGCUGAUGCUGGAAUUAAGACACUCUAAGUUGGUAAAAAAUAUCAUAUUAUGUAGGAUCCGUAUUGUAAUUUGAGAGAAGAGGCUUUUUCAGAAUAGAUAAAAUUGUUGGAGAUAAAUAUGAAUUGAUUUAUAUUCCAGAUGGUAAGACUAAAGCAGCUAGCAUCUAAACCAAAUUAGACUUGAAAUCAGUUCAAACUGGAACAGUAGAUGAAUAAAAGAAAGAAUAAUAGUAAUAAUAAUAAUAAGAAUAACCAAAAUAAUAAAAAUAAUAAGAAUAACCAAAUCCAGAAAGCAAAAAAUAAUAAAAAAAAUUAGAAGCUGAAAAGAAGAAAGCUGAGAAAAAGGCUGAGAGAUAAGCAGCAUAAUAAGGAGAGAAAAAAGAGUGAAGU